AUGUCAGUGACGUUGCACACCACAGCAGGGGAUAUUAAGCUCGAAUUAUUCUGUCAAGAGUGUCCAAAGGCUUGUGAGAAUUUCCUUGCAUUGUGCGCUAGCGGCUACUACAAGGACAAUAUCUUUCACAGAAAUAUCAAGGAUUUUAUGGUCCAAACUGGUGAUCCAACAGGAACAGGAAAAGGCGGCAACAGUAUCUGGGGAGGACCGUUUGAGGACGAGCUCUCGGUAGAGCUCAGGCAGUUAUUGUUAUUCGACGCUAAACGAAGAAUUAGAAGGACAGCAGCCAAAAUCAAGCAGUCUCAAGAUUACUUCAACCAGUACAUAGAGGAAUAUUAUGAAGAGGAUGAUGAAGAGAUAAUUCCUCCAGUGAAACCCGAGAAAAUCAAAGAAGAGAUUCGCGUCGAGUUGACGACGUUGUUUUUCUCUUUUAAAAAAGAAAGCGUUUGCGGCGACAUUGUGUCAUCUCACUUCGGGCGAAGAUUGGACCCAGGAACGUGGAACGAUGUUCUACUGUUCUGGCUUUUCCAGGUCAUCUGCAGCCCUUUCAACGCGAGGCAUGGAAUAGCGGUGGCCGAGGUGUUACGUAAAGCUGGAAAGUUGACAGACGAACAGCCAAGGAAGUUAACCAUACGUCACAGUUUUGGUUGGUUCCAAAUCGAGUUGGGCAGAAUUCAGGUAAAGUGUCUUGCUUUGAGAACUGAUGCUGUCAAAGACACAUUCCUCGAUUGA